AUGUCUGCCCCAUUCUGCCGGAACUUAAUCUCGCGCCAGGCUUUUAACGUCGCUCCGACGGUGAAGCACGUCGCUAAUGGCACUCCUGUGGUGUCGGGUCUUAACCUCCGUGUUUCGGCGCCCGUUGACCCGCACAGCCACGAUGAUCACGGUCACUUUGGCUCGCGCUCAGAUGUCGCCUCCCUCCCAUCCUGGACAUCGAAGGCUGCGCUCCGUGGCCAUUCGCUUGUGUCGCGGACGGCUGUGAAUGCAAAUGUGUCAGGCACCCAAACCCGUUUCUUCUCGUCGUCGUCGCGUGCUCUACAGACUCCCAACUUUAGCGACUAUCGUGUCAAGAACCCAGAGGCUCACCGAGCGUUUUCGUACUUUAUGAUCGGUACGUUCGGUGCGGUUUCUGCUGCCAGCGCUCGCUCGACUGUGACCAAUUUCCUCGCCACUAUGAGUGCGUCGAGCGAUGUGCUUGCGUUGGCCAAGGUCGAGGUUGAUAUGGCCAACAUUCCUGAGGGCAAGAACGCCAUUAUCAAAUGGCGCGGUAAGCCUGUCUUUGUUCGCCACCGCACCCAAUCUGAGAUUGACGAAGCCAACGACAUUGAUAUAAACUCGCUGCGUGACCCGCAAGCUGAUUCGGACCGUGUCAAGCGCCCCGAAUGGCUCGUUAUGCUCGGAGUUUGCACCCACCUGGGUUGUGUGCCUAUUGGUGAGGCCGGUGAAUUCGGCGGCUGGUUUUGCCCUUGCCAUGGUAGCCACUACGAUAUCAGUGGUCGUAUCCGGAAGGGUCCUGCGCCUACCAACCUCGAAGUUCCUGUGUACGAUUUCAACGAUGAAGAGAACAAGCUCAUUAUCGGCUAA